AUGAUAAAAAUCAUGUUAAUGGUUCUGGCCAUUGCUGGCCAGCUGGCCAAUGGUAGAAAAAAUAAAGCAUACGACCUCUCAAAAGUGACUUCAGAGUUCUCCCAGAGACUUUACCGAAAGGUGGCGCUGGACAAAGGCAGCAUGGUCUUUUCUCCAUUCAGCAUUCACUCAAUUUUGACUCUGACAUCGCUGGGAGCAUAUGGAAAAACAAAGGAUGAAAUGCUUAAGACGCUUGGUGUCACAUCGAUUUCUCGAGCCUCUAAAAAGUAUGAGGAAGUUAUCAAACAGACGAACUCCAAUAAAAAUGUGGACAUCGGCACAGGAAACGCUAUUUUUGUCAAACCUGAAUCACAAAUCAAAAAGCGAUUUGCUAAAGAAGCUGAGACCAAAUUUAGCGCCACAACAACGAACUUUGACUUAUCAGCCCCUGGAGGACCCGAGAAAGCAAUCAAUGAUUAUAUUGCUGAAGCCACGAAAAACUUGAUUAAAAAAGUUUUGUCAAAAGGAUCCAUCACGGCAAGCACGGCUAUGGUUUUAGUCAACACAAUUUUCUUUAAUGGAGCCUGGGUUAAGAAUUUCAACGAUGCCCGAAAUCAAACGUUCUCAAAAUCAGAGAAGAAGAAUAUAACGAUUGAAAUGAUGGCGAAAGAAAUGGAGAUCAAGCACAAGAAAGAUACAUCCAAUCACGUUCAAGUUGCCGAGAUCCCAUUCAAGGGAAGAAGGUUUGCUUUGUAUAUAGCCCUGCCACUGAAAGUGGGCGGUAUCGCAAGUCUUGAACAACUGAUAUCGCAUCCAACUAAAAUGGAGAAGCUUUUUAAAGGCCUCAAGAAAAAAAGAGUCUUUGUUGAUAUUCCCAAGUUUACGACAGAGACAACACUUGACUUGAAGCAACCUCUCAUAGAGCUUGGCAUGGUCGAGGCGUUUGGUCCAGGAGCUGACUUUAGGGACAUAUCUUCGGGGAGCCUCAGUAUCAGCGAUGUGCUCCACAAAGCCAAAAUUGAAGUCAAGGAAAUUGGCGUUACAGCGGCCGCAGCGACGGUCCUACAAGCUAAUACUAGGAUGCUGGGCCGUCAACCACAGGCCAUCUUUGUGGCGAAUCAUCCAUUCCUGUAUUUCCUCAGGGAUAGACGAACCGGACUAAUUCUGUUCCAGGGAAAAUUUUCCGGUUAG